AUGACCACAAUUCAGGGUGAUGCUUCCUAUGGAGCGCAGGAUCUUGAGCUGCAGGUGCCGGGCCUCUUGACCGACGCAGGAAAGCGUCGUUCAAGGCUGGAACUUGCAGACGGAAGCGUUUUCGAGGGUUGGAGUUUCGGAGCUGCUCGUUCUGUUGCUGGUGAAGUUGUUUUCCAAACCGGUAUGGUCGGUUAUGAGCAAACCCUAAGCGAUCCAUCCUACUGUCAACAGAUCAUCGUCUUCACGUAUCCUCUGGUGGGAAACUACGGAGUUCCGUCCAUGUCGGAGCGCGACGCGUACGGCCUUCCGUUGCACUUUGAGGCUGCGCGCAUUCACGCUGCCGGUCUCGUCGUUCUAAACUACGAGCAGGAAUACUCGCACUGGCUGGCGAAGCAAUCGCUUGGAGAAUGGCUUCAGGAACAGCAAGUUCCAGGCAUAUGUGGGAUCGAUACCCGACUUGUUACGCAAAAGAUUCGGGAGCAUGGCUCUAUGCUUGGACGGAUCGUACUUGAAGACGAUCGUAAUGAAGACCAAGCAUUUAUAGACCCGAAUCGCCUUAACCUCGUUGCACAGGUUUCUUGCAAGCAGCCGUACGAGUACGGAGCGCCCGAUGCCCGGUAUCAUGUGCUAGCUGUGGACUGCGGUCUGAAGUACAACCAGUUGCGGUGCCUGGCGCGUCGGCACUGUCGCAUGACCGUAGUACCCUGGGAUGAAGACAUUAACGCCGACAAAUAUCGCUCUUGUGAUGGUCUUUUUAUCUCGAACGGUCCGGGUGAUCCUACGAUGGUGCUGGAGACCAUUCGCAAUAUUCAGCAAUGGCUAUCUGAGGAGCGACCUGUUUUCGGCAUUUGCCUCGGUCAUCAAUUGCUGGCCCUGGCGGCGGGAGCACAGACCUACAAACUCAAGUACGGCAACCGUGGCCACAAUCAACCGUGCAUCGAUGAGCGCACCGGUCGUUGUUAUAUCACCUCCCAGAAUCACGGCUAUGCGGUGGACACGAACAGCUUGGCACCAGGCUGGGAACCCUACUUCACGAAUGCGAAUGACGGAUCCAAUGAAGGCAUUAUUCACCGAAAGAAACCUGCGUUCUCGGUGCAGUUUCACCCGGAAGCGCGCGCUGGACCCUGUGAUACCGAGUUUCUUUUCGACCUCUUUGUCGAGAUGAUGCGAACGAAACAACCCCCGCCAGCGCCACAGCGUUUAGCCGCAACGGGCGCAUGCCCAGCGUCGGAUAAAUCGAUCCGCAAAGUACUGGUGCUGGGCUCGGGAGGCCUGUCCAUCGGCCAAGCCGGAGAGUUUGAUUAUUCAGGUUCGCAGGCUAUUAAGGCCCUGAAACAGGAGGGCAUCUAUUCAGUUCUUAUCAAUCCGAAUAUUGCCACGGUGCAAACCACGGGAGGACUCGCCGACAAGGUCUACUUCUUGCCGAUCGAUCCAGAAUCGGUGAUGCGCAUUGCGGAGAACGAACGGCCAGACGGUAUUUUCUUACAAUUUGGAGGCCAGACCGCCUUGAACUGUGGUAUUGAGCUGCAAAAACGCAACUUUUUCCAGGAAAAUGGAAUCCGAGUCCUGGGCACCCCCGUGGAAACGAUCAUGGAUACAGAGGAUCGAGAGCUUUUCAACAAGCGUCUCGCAGAGAUCGGAGAGCCGUUCGCCCGUUCUGCUACGGCCGCCUCUGUGGAACAGGCCAUCACUGAGGCCGAGCGCAUCGGAUACCCAGUCAUCGUUCGAGCGGCAUUCGCCCUGGGGGGUCUCGGCUCCGGUUUCGCCAAUAACGCCCAGGAACUGAGGCAGCUCGCCAGCAAAGCCUUGUCAUGUUCACCGCAACUCCUGGUAGAGCGCUCGAUGAAGGGCUGGAAAGAAAUCGAGUACGAGGUGGUGCGAGAUGCGUACGACAACUGCAUUACCGUUUGCAACAUGGAGAACUUCGAUCCGUUGGGUGUCCACACCGGCGAAUCGAUCGUGGUGGCACCGUCGCAGACUCUGUCCGAUGCGGAAUAUCAGAUGCUACGCAACUCCGCAAUCAAGACCGUCCGCCAUCUUGGCGUCGUUGGCGAGUGCAAUAUCCAGUUCGCGUUGAAUCCGAACUCGCGCGAAUACUGCAUCAUAGAGGUGAAUGCACGCUUGUCGCGUUCAUCGGCGCUGGCGAGCAAGGCAACUGGCUAUCCGCUAGCGUUCGUUGCCGCGAAACUGGCCUUGGGCCGCGCCCUGCCGGCCAUCCGGAACUCCAUCACCCAAGAGACGACAGCAUGUUUUGAACCAAGUCUCGACUAUAUCGUGGUGAAGAUGCCGCGCUGGGAUUUGAAAAAAUUCGAGCGCGUGAAUCGACAACUGGGCUCCUCGAUGAAGAGCGUCGGGGAGGCUAUGGCCAUUGGGCGGAAUUUUGAGGAGACGAUCCAGAAAGCCAUUCGCAUGGUGCGUGAUUAUUACGUGAACGGUUUCGAACGCGACGUGGAACCCUACAGUGACGAAGAGAUGCAGACGCCCACCGAAGCCCGCAUUCUCGCCAUCGCCUCUGGGCUAGCCAGUGGCCACAGCGUCGAAGAGAUUCACGAGAAAUCCCAGAUUGAUCGGUGGUUUCUCAUGCGGCUCGCGCGCAUUACCCGCUUCGAACAGACGCUGGAGAGAUUAGCGGCGAAUGCCAUGAACACUGGUUCGGAAAACUGGCUCACUGCGGAUCUGCUCUGUGCGGCAAAACAACUCGGGUUUUCCGACCGACAGAUCGGGCGACUCGUUGGCAAUACGGAACUGGAGAUUCGCAAGCUCCGCAAGGAGUACGGCAUUGUCCCGAAUAUCAAACAGAUUGAUACAGUGGCCGCGGAGUUUCCCGCCAAAACGAAUUACCUCUAUGCGACCUACGCAGGCAGUCAAGGUGCUCAUGACGUCAGUGCGCGAUUCGGUGGCAUCAUUGUACUUGGCAGUGGCGCCUAUCGCAUCGGUUCCUCGGUUGAAUUCGACUGGUGCGCGGUCGCAGCAGUUCGAGCGCUGCGUGCAAAAGGCACGCGUACCAUCAUGAUGAAUUACAAUCCGGAAACCGUCAGCACUGACUACGACGAAUGCGAUCGCUUGUACUUUGAAGAGCUCUCUUUCGAGCGGGUGCUGGAUAUUUGUGAGCGAGAGGCAGUCGAUGGGGUGAUCGUCUCAAUGGGGGGUCAGAUCCCGAACAACAUUGCCAUGUCGUUGCAUCGCCAAGGUGUACACGUGCUGGGCACCUCUCCAGAGAUGAUCGAUUCCGCGGAGAAUCGCUACAAAUUCAGUCGCAUGCUGGAUCGCAUUGGGGUUGAUCAGCCCCGCUGGAAGGAGUUGACCUCCAUCGCUGACGCUGCGGCCUUUUGCGAUUCCGUGGGCUAUCCCUGUCUAGUGCGUCCGAGUUAUGUGCUCUCUGGUGCAGCGAUGAAUGUAGCCUACAAAGAGGAGGACCUGGAGCGCUAUCUCUCCGAGGCUGCGCGGGUGUCUCGUGAGCAUCCCGUGGUCAUUUCCAAAUUCAUUCUAGAGGCCAAAGAAAUCGAUGUGGAUGCAGUGGCACGCAACGGGGAGCUGGUCGUCCAUUUCAUUAGCGAGCAUGUCGAGAACGCUGGCGUGCACUCGGGCGAUGCGACGUUGGUGUUACCGGCACAGGACCUGGAACCUGAGACCGUUCGCAAACUAGAGGAUGCGACGCGAAAGAUAGCCAACGCCCUGAACGUUUCAGGGCCGAUGAAUCUGCAGUUCAUUGCCAAGAACAACGAAAUCAAGGUUAUUGAAUGCAAUAUUCGUGCAAGCCGCAGUUUUCCAUUUGUAAGCAAAACCAUAGGCCUGGACCUCGCAAAAAUGGCCACCAAAGUCAUGCUCGGUCUGACUGUGCAGCCGUAUCCUGUCGAUAUUUCCACCGUACCGCACGUUGGCGUCAAAGUGGCCAUGUUCUCUUUUGCGCGGCUGCUGGGUGCAGAUCCGAUUCUCGGCGUCGAAAUGGCCAGCACCGGUGAGGUUGCCUGUUUUGGAGAGAGCCGCGAAGAAGCGUAUCUCAAGGGACUACGAGCAGCCGGCAUUCGCUUACCACAGCGGAAUAUUUGUCUGAGCAUCGGCUCGUACAAAGAGAAACUGGAAUUUCUCGAGUCUGCGAAGAAACUCGCUGCCAUUGGCUAUCGUCUGUACGCAACGCCGGGAACAGCAGAUUUUUUGGUGGAGCACAACGUGCCGUGCACGCUGGUCGUCUGGCCCUCAGACGAGUACCAACAGGGCACGCUCGACGUUACGCGCUUGAUUCAGGACAAGAUGAUUGAUUUUUUCAUCAACUUACCUUCGCAGAACAAGCUUCGACGGGUAGCCACAUUCAUGAGCAACGGCUACAUUAGCCGACGGACAGCCGUAGAUUUCAGUAUUCCUCUGCUCACGAAUAUCAAGUGCGCGAAACUGUUGGUUCGUGCGCUUGCGCGCUACGGACGUGGCGUCUCGUUGCCUCUGCAGCCGUACGAUGUUCGUUUCAGUGCCCGAGUGAUCACUCUACCGGGCCUGGUGAACAUGUGCACAUCGCGACUUGAGCAUGAGCCUUUCGCAGCUCCGAAUGGUGAUCGGUGCGACCCCGAGUCGCCGCUGAUGAACGGCGACCAACAUCCAAAGCGGAACGCAGCCGCGGAUGCGAGGCUGUGUGCACUACUGGACGAUUUCGAUCGACAGCUGCUGCGCGGAGGCUACGUUGCCUGGGUCGGUGCCGCUGUUGCACCCGAUUUCCUGGUCGCUGAAUCGGAAACCUUGCGCACUGUGCGCGAGCAGCUUGCGCGCUGGGGACGCUGUGACCAUGCAAUCUAUGCCUACGCAACAGCGGCGAACGCAGCGACUUUGCCCAGUUUGGCAAACGAGGUGGCCGGUCUCUUCAUCGCGCUAGACAAUACGGAACCCAUGAUCCAUCGACGAGCAGCAGCAUCGGCAGCAGCAACAAAUGCCGUGAGCGCCGAUCAGGCGCCACUCCGUGAGAACCUUACGCCAUGGUUGCGUCAUUUGGAGCUCUGGCCUCGGCACAAGCCGGUGAUUUUACACACCAGCAGCACCCAAGCGCUCUCGGCGAUGCUGUUCGGUGCAGUGCUGUAUGCGCGGCCGAUUCACAUCCAUGCCGUUCGUCGCCGCGAGGACAUCGCCCUCAUCCGUAGUGCAAAAGAGCGCGGCAUUCCAGUGACCUGCGAUGUGCGCGUCGAGGAUCUCUGCGGCGAUGCACUGCAGCACGAGCUGGAACAGCGCGAUGUCGACGCGCUCUGGGACGCUCUGGAUGCGAUUGACACGGUGACGGGAUCACCACGUCUGGUGCUUGGCCUCUUACUCGAGGCGGUGCACCGCGGACGUCUGACCAUGACCUGGCUCCUGAGUCGACUCGUGGAGUUUCCGCGCAGCUUCCUCGGUCUUGCGCCAGCGGGUAGCUCCGCUCAUGCGGAUACCUAUGUCGAGGUCGAUAUUGAUCAGACGGAGCGCUUCGUACCGGCGGACGGUGAUUCCAACGAGAAGGCGUACCAACUGCGAGGCCGAGUGUUGCGCGUUGUCGUUCGCAAGCGCAUCGCGUACCUUGAUGACAAGGUUUUGCUAGAAGCGGGCGCUGGUCACGAUCUCCUGGAAUCCGCGACGGAGACUGCGACCGCGACUGCAGAGGAUACCGUGGUUGGCGCAGUGCCUGCUCAGCCUGCUCUCCCUUCAGCGCCCGACGUACGCAACGCACGCGCGGCGUCGAGCGUGCGCCCAAGCUUCAGACCUGCAACGCUUCCGGUGGAAAGCGCUGUUGCAGCUGUGACCACGGACGACUCGACCGCUGAUAUCGACCGUGCCCGGGCGGCCGUCGAGCAGCGUGCUCGCCAGCUCGACAUGGUCAAUUUUCCGCGUGUUUCGGUUGCAAAUCGCUCAUGGAUGCCAUCAACCAAGGCGAAUCGAUCGACGCUUCUAGAACCGCGUCCGCUCGAUUCCUUUAGCUGCGCUCCCGUAGAUGUGCCGCUUGUUCGACGCAGCUGGCAGGCAGCUUCGCCGCAACCUGGCUGGCCCCAUUACCAGACAUCAUUACCGGCACCAGUAUCGGUGCCAGCCGGCUCGUCUGCCCAACGCGAUCUCCUGCGUCACCAGAGCAUUCUAUCGGUGUCGCAGUUCAGCCGGGCGGAGUUGCAUGCGCUUUUCGGUGUUGCACAGGAGAUGCGCCAGAUGGUGAAUCGCAUGGGCAUGCUGGAUUUGUUGCGUGGUCGCGUUCUCGCACUCGUCUUUUAUGAGCCGAGCACGCGCACCUCGUGUUCUUUCGCCGCUGCCAUGCAGCGACUCGGCGGAACCGUCAUCCAAAUGAACGACUUGCAGUCAUCAUCGGUGGCCAAGGGCGAAUCGCUCUUGGAUACGGUGCGGACCAUGGCAUCCUACGCCGACGCUGUCGUGCUGCGACAUCCCGAAGCGGGUGCUGCGGAGCGAGCAGCCCAGGCGCUUCCGAAAACGCCCCUCAUCAAUGCCGGCGACGGGACCGGCGAGCACCCGACCCAGGCUUUGCUGGACGUGUUCACCAUUCGCGAGGAGCUCGGUACCGUGAACGGCCUCGUGAUUACAUUUGUCGGUGAUUUGCGGAACGGGCGCACGGUGCACUCCCUGGCGCGCCUGUUAGCCCUCUAUCAAGUACGCAUUAACUAUGUGUCACCGCGCGAACUGCGCAUGCCGAGCCAGGUUCUCGAAGAAGUCGCCACGCGAGGCAUCGAACAGCGGGAGUACACGAACCUCGAAGACUGCCUUGCGGAAACGGAUGUGCUGUACAUGACCCGCCUGCAACGUGAACGAUUUGCAGACCCCGGUGAUUACGAGCGUUUCAACGCCUUCUACGUGAUCACUCCGCGGACGCUGACUCGUGCCAAGGACACCAUGAUUGUCAUGCACCCGCUGCCACGAGUCAAUGAAAUCGCACCUGAAGUCGAUUCAGAUCCUCGGGCUGUUUACUUUCGUCAGAUGGAGUACGGUAUGUACGUACGUAUGGCGUUGCUCUCCAUGGUACUGGGACGCUCUUGA